AUGUCAUUUUGGAACGUUGUGCGUUUUGCACACUUUAAGUCCGUCAAGAAGUACCCAAAGAUCAAUGUAAGCGACGUUGUGCUUUCCAAACCAAAGGUGUCGAAGCGUCAAGAAAGACAACCACUUCUUUCUCAAUCAGUGAAGGACACUCUCUUCCCAGCAGAAGAAAUUGCCAAAUUAUACAAGGCCAAUAACAAGCCAGUUCCAAGAAAGUUUGACAACAAGAGUGAAGAAAUCUCAAGAAGAAACUUUGAACUUUCUCAAGAAGCAUUUUCCACUGGUCAACCACAUUUCAGAGUUGGUGAAAAGCAAAUAUACUUCCCAAAGGCUAGAGUUGUUCUUUUAAGACCAAAUGCCAAGCAUACUCCAUACCAAGCUAAGUUUUUGGUUCCAAGAAAUUUCAAUAGAAUGGAUUUGAGAGAUUAUCUUUGGAAUGUUUAUGGACUUAGAGCCUUGAACGUAACUGUCCAAUUAUUAUACAGAGGAUGGAGAAGAGGUAAUAAUGAUUACGCUCGUUAUAGAGGUCCUCAAUUCAAGAAGAUGACCAUCGAUAUGGAAGAUCCAUUUGUAUGGCCAGAAUUACCUCAAGGCAUGAUUGAAAAGAACCGUGAAGUGAGAAAUGCUCAUUUGAAGGCUGUAGAACAUAACUUUUCCACUGGUUCUGAUAAAAAUAAACCUUUGGAAGUUUUCGAUGGUGUUUUCAACAAGAUGUCAUUACCAAACAGCUUUAUUUCUAAACUGGCAAGAACAAAGGGUUCCAAGGAUUUGGAAGCUUAUAAAAAGGAAUCUUCCAAGAUUGACGAUAAAAACUUGGUUUCUCAGUAUUUGAAUUUAUAA